CAUCCUAAUACAUAAUUUGAGAUAAUAUGUAUUACGUGUUUAUUAGUAUUAUCUAAAUUGAUAUAAAUCAAAAUUUUCUUAUUAACUAUGAUGUGAUAUUAUAAUCGGAAAAUUGUAAUUUAAGGUUAUAAUCUUAUUUCUAAUCAAACGAUCCCUUAAAACUUUGAAAAUUUGAUCAUAUACAUUGUUUGUUGAAAUAACUCUUAAAUGUUAAAUUUAAUUUAUUGUAACAAGUUCUGUUUUAUUUCUAGGUAAUAUAAUUAGUUGCACAUAUCAAUAUUACAAGAGGUCAUAUUUCUUGUAUUGGACUGGUCCACCUGACCUUUAAACUCAUUUUACAGAUCUUAUGGUUAUAACCAAAAUAAGGAUUUUCCCGGUAAAUAAAGGAAAAUAAUUGAUGAAUAAAGAAAUAGGAGUAUUUGGAAAACAAAAAAACGAUUUAACAAAUUAUCUUACAUUUUGUAUCCGUAUAGUUUUUAAUACCAGCAGUUAUCUAGAAGUCAAAGCUCGCCUUAGUUGAGAGUCAACAUUCUUAUCUUUAUUAAAAAUAAAUAUUCGUUAAUAUUUGUCACUUUGAUUGCAUACAGUUGAUCACUAAAAUAUCCUUAAAUGUCUCUGAAAUAGUAAUGGCGUUGAAUCAUAUAAUGUGUUGGUGUCGAAUAUAAAAGCUCAAACUCGAUGACCACAUCGAUCAUGUUUGUCCAAAUUUGACCUACAUUCUAUGAAUGAUCGAAAGUAGCAAAAGAUUUUAAUAGCCAUAAAUGAACAACGUAGAGAAUCAUGUAUAACGAAAAAGGAAACAGCAAUAGAGUCGAGAUGAUCUGCACUUUGCAGACAAAGGAAAGCAAUCAUCACUAGUAAAAUUGAAAUUAAUAAAGAAAGGUUAUUAGUUGGUGCAUAAUGUAUCCACCAACCUUUCAAUUUGUUGUUACCUCCUUGGUGCAUAAUGCAUACACCAAUACUCUUAUUUCUCAACACAUUUGCAGUGCAUGCCAAAUCUGUCAUUCUGCAUUUGCAACUGGUUUUUCAGUGCCACUGAUACCUGUUGAGGAUCCGAUUAAAUAUGAAGCGAUUCAAGAAAACCUUCAAUGAUCAGCAAGUUCCUUCUGAUCACGAUUCAGGUGUUGCUUUAAAGAAUGCAGAGUCGAAAUGGGGUCCGAAUCCAAUGACACUCGGGGGUUUUAUAGUUGCUCUCUUGAUGGUUCUUACGGUUGUUUUCUCAGUUGCCUUCUUUUUAGGGGACUUACCUUCCGAUUGCUUGUGGACUUUGGCUGAGGCUAGAAUUUUUCGUCUUAAACCUUCGAAAGCCACAUUUUCUGAAGAUAUUCCGCAGCCACUGACAGCGCCAAAAGAUAAACUACUAGGUGGUCUUCUCCCUUCAGGAUUUGAUGAAACAUCUUGUUUGAGUAGGUAUGAAUCACCCUUAUAUAGCAAAGGUCUUCAGCAUAAGCCGUCCUCUUAUCUUAUCUUCGGGUUAAGAAGAUAUGAAGCUCUUCACAAGCAAUGCGGUCCUUACACAGAGUUAUACAACAGAACUGUCGACCUCAUUAAGUCUGGUGAAUACAGUAGCGAUUCUUCAGUUUGUAAUUACGUUGUUUGGAUAUCGUAUAGUGGUUUAGGGAACAGGAUACUAACCUUAACUUCUGCUUUCCUUUAUGCUCUCCUCACAAACAGAAUCCUUCUUGUUGACCCCAGAGUCAAUUUGUCUGACCUCUUCUGUGAACCUUUUCCUGAAGUUUCUUGGUUGCUUCCUCCAGAUUUCCCUAUAAUUGAUCAGUUUAAUAGCUUUAAUAAGAAAUCUCCACAUUCUUAUGGUUAUAUGGUGAGAAAUAAUGUCACACAAAAUUCAAGAAAACCUUCAUUCCUCUACCUUCACUUAUCUCAUGACUUUGAUGUGCAAGAUAAAUUAUUUUUCUGUGACACUGACCAAACUUUUCUCCACAAUGUCCCUUGGCUACUUGUGAAGUCCAAUAACUAUUAUGUGCCUGCUCUUUUCUUGAUCCCAUCUUUCGAGCAAGAGUUGAACAAUCUUUUUCCAGAGAAAGAAACUGUGUUCCACUUUUUGGGUAGGUACCUUUUCCAUCCAACAAAUUCUGUAUGGGGGCUUAUUACUAGGUAUUAUCAAGCUUAUUUAGCUCAAGCAGAUGAAAAAAUAGGCAUUCAAAUUAGACUUUUCAAUUUCGGUGCAGGCGAUUUUAGGUACGUGUUGAAUCAAAUCUUAGCUUGUACAACAAAGGAGAAUCUAUUGCCACAGGUUAACCUGAAUGAGCCUAUAGUCAAUUCGUCUGGCAAGAUGAAGACUGUAAGUGUUCUGAUGACAUCUCUAAGUCCACGAUACUUCGAGGAGAUUAGAAACAUGUAUUGGGAGAAUCCUACUGUGACAGGAGAGAUUGUUAGUGUUUUUCAGCCAAGUAAUGAAGAGCGUCAACAAACUGAGAAGCUAAUGCAUGACAGAAAGGCCUGGGCAGAAAUGUAUUUGCUGAGUUUAACUGAUAAAUUGGUUACAACUGCAUGGUCUACUUUUGGUUAUGUUGCUCAUAGUCUUGGAGGUUUGAAGCCAUGGAUUUUAUACAAGUUUAAAAAUGGAAGAGUCCAUGAUCCACCUUGUUUUCGAGCAGUGUCUUUGGAGCCGUGUUAUCAUUCCCCCCCUUACUACGAUUGCAAGAAGAAAACAGAAAGUUUUAACUCAGUUAACAUUGUUUCUCAUGUGAGGCAUUGUGAGGAUAAUAGCUUGGGUUUGAAGUUAUUUGAUCGAAAAGGUGAAUUGUAACCAUUGAGAUUUAUCACUCUGAGGGAACAAAAUUGUUGCAGGAGUACUUACUGUAACUUAUUUCAAGAUUCUUUCAUUGUUUUGAUUCUUAGAGACAAAUUCAUA